AUGUACGAUCCUUCUGGUAAUUACAAUUCGUCUUACGGGCAUUACGGUGUCUCCGGGCAUGAGGCCUUUGCGCAUCACGCCUCCGGAGGAGUUUAUUCUGUAGGUGUGUCAAGCAUGGAAAGCAACGGGAGCGUAGGAAAUCUGUUGAAAUGCAUAAAGACAUGGCAGAGUCAUCCAAAUACUUCCGUAAGUUCUGCCGGAAGCGUGAAGGAUUUGUUUGAUAAUGUUGCCGUCGUACCUGCAGGUGCGUCUCCCUGCUACCCCUCUCAGGGAGCUCUUCAAACUCAAUACCCGCUAGCAUUGAGUUGCCAUCCUGCGUCCAGAGUCCGCAGCAACUCUCAUCAUGGUCACGGGUCAUCGGUAGGAUAUGAAUAUCAAAUCCAGGACCAGCACCCGGUCCAAGUGCACAUGAGGUCGCAACUCCAAGUUCAGGAUCAGUGUGAAGAGUACGAAGAUUCUUUGGAAGCUCGGCCAGUGGUUUUUCACGACGCUGCAGGACAGUCUCAACAGUACUAUUCGCACUCUCGUCACCCCUCACCGGUGUGCGGGACUGAGGUACAUUGCUCUCAAGUUGCUCACUCCGAGACUUACUCGUCACAUUCGCAAUCCCAAGCCUUGGCUCCAUUGCAGUGCCAGGUGUCUCAGCAGUGUCUCCACAGGUCGCCGGUACAAGUGGAGUCUGCGGAACAUGUGAACGUUGGGGCCCAGUUCACUGAGCCAAUGCCUCCAACUCGUGCCCCCAAGCGUCGAGCACAGUUUGCGGAUCAUUCGGUUGACACCCGCGCCGUCUAUCAUGAUGUUUCUGAUUCAUCGGGUAGUACAAUGAUGCUUCCUCGUUUUCCGGCUCUUGAAGGGGAGCCACCAGCAGCCAAGAGGGCGUACGUUUCGACUCACUCGUACGCGCAUCCGGAAUAUGAGCAGCAUGCUUCCGUGGCUGUCAAUAAGCGACCAGCCUACAGCCUGGCUGUGGCGCGUCCCACUUCCAUUUCAAGUAGAGCUGAGCAAUUGACCCAUAUGUAUGCUGAUGCCGACGACCUGGCGUCAGGUCGCCGUCUGGUGUAUCUAGGGAACGUUGACGUCAUAGGAGAUGAACGCAUCAUGGAGGGUGAGAGUAACCCAUUUUUGGAUGCUGGCGGAAGAGUUGUCCCCAACACAAUCAUCACUCCUCGGGAUAUUCUCGUUUACGGGCGUAGAGGAUCCUUCACGUACGGCGACAGGCCCUUUACGCCUGACAGCGACCCUAGGGCUGCCACAUUAUUGAAGGACGUCACUGUAAAUUGCCAGUACGACCGUGUUCGGAUGGCCGAGACCCCGCCACCACAGCCGCAUGUCAUGUUGAAUUCGCGCCCGCCGGGUCUGCUAGCAACUGACAAGUACGCCCAGAUGGCGUCACAGGUUGAGAAGGUUCGCGGUGUGUGCUACUGCCGCAGUGACAAUUCGUGGACCGCCUGGUGGACUGAGAAGGGUCGUAACCGCAAGAAGGCUUACAAGAUCAGUCGUUAUGGUUUCUACGAGGCACGGAGGUUGGCGAUUGAGCACCGCAGGAGCGUUUAUAGGGAAAGUGGAUUUCACCCCCAGGUGGAGCCCCUGAACACUCCUACUGACAGUUUCAAGCGCAUGGUUCCCGAGUCCAUGGUAACGGAAAUUACACCUGACGUCUCAACCUCCGCGGCUACUCCUACAAGCGUGAUGUCCCCGGUAACGUUGCCUGCUGGCGUCGUCACUGCGAUGAAUCGUACCCGCGUGAUCCCUGGGCACCAUGAUCGCUCGUUUCAGGUGGCAGUAACGGAUGUGGAGUCGCCAGUUGUUCGAGGCAGGCCCACUGAACUGGUUUCUGCCGUCACGCCGGAUGACUUUAACCAGGAAACCGCGCCCACGCCGACUUUGGACAGCUGUGAUGUCAAUGCGGUAAAUGGUUAUGACGGAAACAGCUACUGCGCCCCUGAGGUGCACACGCCCGUGCGUACUCUGAAGGACCACGCCAGCGUCGCUGCAUGGGUUCCCGGCAAGGAGGGUGACAGGUUGGAUGACAUGUUCAAGAGACGUGUGAUGUCAGCCUGCACCACCGCAGACAGCUCGGAGUUCGGGGCCCCUAAGGCCGAAGAGCUCACACCGAAUAUGGUUUCUCUGCAUCACGACAUAUCAGGCCUGCUUAAGCUGGAUGAGGCCUCCGUUCACAACGUCAAGAUGGCCAUAUCCAGUCUCGCAUACGGUGUUGAGGACUCCAGGGUGCCUUCUGGGCCUGGCGUCACCAACAUGUGA